CCCGCGCGGCCCCGGCUGCCGCUGCGGCGGCGGCUCGCGCACUUCACCUGGGCGUGGUACACGCUGACCAUGUCGACGGGCGGGCUGGCGCUGCUGAUCGACGCGCAGCCGCACCAGUUCCCCGGCCUGCGGCAGAUCGGGCUGGCCGUGUACGCGCUCAUCGCGGCGCUGUUCGCGCUGGUCACGUCCGCGCUGGCCGCCCGCUUCGCCCUCUUCCCCGGCCUGCUCGCCGCCUCGCUCGCGCACCCGCGCGAGGGCUUCUUCUUCCCGACCGCGUUCCUCUCGCUGGCCACGCUGAUCACGUCGACGCAGCGGUACUGCGUGCGCGCCGACGACGCGGACCCGGAGGCGCCCGGCGCGCUGCUGUGGGCGAUCCGCGCGGCCUUCUGGGCGUACGUGGCGCUGGCGACCGGCGUGGCCGUCGGCCAGUACAGCUACGUGUUCGCGGCGCACCGCCUCGGGCUGCAGGCCAUGAUGCCGACCUGGAUCCUGCCCAUCUUCCCCAUCAUGCUGUCGGGCACCAUCGCGAGCGUCGUGUCCGAGACGCAGCCCGCGGCGGCGCGCGUGUCCAUCGUCGUGGCCGGCCUGACCUGCCAGGGGCUCGGGCUGGCCGUCGCCUCCAUGAUGUGCGCGCACACGGUCGGCCGCCUGAUGCAGUCGGGCCUGCCGCACCGCGAGCACCGCCCGGGCCUGUUCGUGUGCGUCGGCCCGCCCGCCUUCACCGCGCUGGCCCUCAUCGGGCUCGCGCUCGGC